AUGUCUGUUUUGGGUGUUUCAUCGUAUUUCCUAUGGACACAAAAGGGAAAAACAAUUUUACCGUUAGUUCGUGGAAGUGGUUUUCUCGUUUCAUUUCAGCAGCUUAACAGUUUCUACAAAUAUCAUUUAUUAAGUGCAGCUCACGUCACAUGUCCGGUGCGAUACCGACAAGUGUAUGGUGACACGAUCGGACUCCGGGCGAUUGGUGAACGUCAUAUUAGUACAAGACUAUUGUCUCCAAAGAGUAACUGUAGUGUGGGAACAUCAUUAGAAAUGGAAUUUUCACAGACAUAUUUUCCAAAUAUGGAUGUUUCUUCAUUGAGGUGUAAAUCUGAAAAAGAGAUAGAGAAUUCAAAGUUUUUACCGUUUGAAUUAGAUUUAAAUCCUAUUAAAGAGGGUACGGAGCUUAUUUUUCUUGGGAUGGAAUCUCUAGAAGAGAGGGGUAAUCCUAAUGAUGACGGUCUUCGUCUCAGAGAGGUUCAAAUUAAAGGUGAGUGCAGAGUAGCACUAGUUUCUCUUGACUACGGUACGGUAGUUUUAGCCUCUUUAGAAUCUCCUCUUAUUUUAAGUAUGUGUGGAGGACCUGUGAUUCGGAAAGAUAAUGGAUCUUGCGUCGGCGUUAUCGUCGCUCGAGUUCUGAAGAAUGCACCACCACGUGAUCCUAAUGUGGGUGCACUAUAUCAGGAUCCGUGGUUGGAUAUUUCUCAGAAUGAGAGUAUCCACGCAUGUGGAAAAGUAGAUGUUGCGUUCGUUCCGGUUCGUGAGUUCUACGACUCCCUGCGACGUUGCGAAAUUUGA